AUGCAACGUUUGUGUUGCUGUCAAACAAAUAACGAAACGAUUUGCUCAUUUGUUGAUAUUUGCAUUUCGCAACGGUCUUCGGGGCAGCAGAAGAAGUCUGCGGAUGCCUCUACUCCCCAUAAGAAUGCAAAUCUCGAGUGUGCUAAAGAUUUCGCAAUGGACUCUGCGAUUUCUACGACCUCUCGGGACUUGAACUCCACACGAGGAAACCACAUAUGUGAGCAUAUUCCCCGCUGGAUGGCUAUAAAUGUAAAUGUAAAUCCGAUGUAA